UUCUCUGUAAUUUUUCUCUUCAACAAUCUUGCAAUAAACAGAUUCUUGUUUCUUCACUUCACGAUUCUGAAACUUGUUACAUAUACAGAUUUUUGCCAGUUCUGUGGUUCUUUUAUAGAUCAUAUUUUGGAAAUACGGAUUGUCAGAAUUUAUGGUAUGAAGGAUCGUUAUAGCAUUUUGAUUAGGCUUGAUAGUCAAGAUUCUGCUGAUAGAUUUUUCAAGCACUUCAAUUUUAGCCAAUUUUCAUCUCUACAGGAGGAGGUUUGUCGUGUGUAUUUCACGGAGAAUGUGCAUUACCGUACUGGUUCAAUUGAAUAUUCACAGGAGUCUCCGGCAAGCUCAGCUGAUCAGCCCACUUGUGUGGUCUGUCUUGAGAGAUUAGACCAAGACAGGAGUGGAAUUUUUACAACUAUCUGCAAUCAUUCUUUUCAUUGUUCUUGCAUGUCAAACUGGACAGAUUCUUCUUGUCCGGUAUGCAGAUAUCAUCAACAGCAGCCUGAAAAAUCAAUUUGCAAUGUUUGCCAAACUUCUGAGAAUCUUUGGAUGUGUAUUAUCUGUGGCUUUUUUGGCUGUGGAAGGGAUAAAGAAGGACAUGCCAUAGGACAUUGGAAAGAUACGCAACACUGUUAUUCUCUUGAUUUGGAAACUAGACGUGUGUGGGAUUAUGAGGGAGACAAUUACGUUCACCGUCUUAUCCAAUCCAAAACGGACCGAAAGUUAGUUGAACGGAAUUCUCAUUGUCUUGAUGCUAAUGAUGGAACUGAAAUCUGUGAAGGAGUUGAUUUUAGAUUUACUGAAGUACUCUUGAACAGCGAAGUUGAAGCUACUGUUAAUAAAUACAAUGAGCUGCUUACCUACCAACUUGAGAAGCAAAGACUGGAGAAAAAGGCUGCGAAAGUGAAGGAUGAUAAAAUCAAGCAAUUAGAGGAACAAUUUGGGCUGCUUUUACUAAUGGAACUUCCAUUGGCUAUUAUUUCACUUUUCACACAGCUUCGAGAUCUGAUGAAGCAACUAUCAGAGUCAGACUCAGACGGGAUCAAGGAUGGGACUGCCUUUCCAAUUCCAAAAGAGUCGUCUUCUAAAACUAAAAGUGCGGGAAAGGCUAAUAAAUAA